AUGAGUGUUCCAAUUCUUAAUCAACCAGGCACUCACACUUAUAGAUCCACUUUUGAAUUAUUGAUGGCACAGUUAAGAAACUCUAGAACAUCGGAAGCAGAUGAGAUUACAAGCCUGGCACCAGAUAUAAUCGAAGGGCAAAUCCUACGCGAUGACCCAAUACUCUCAAACGUCAUUUCAAGGGCUAUUACCGGCACUCGUGAAGAAUGGGAUGAGGUACGUGCUUUACAGGCCGAUUCCAAUCUUGAAGAACAGGCUCCACCCCCUGCACUUAUACAGAGACGUCGCUCAACGAUUUCAAGGACCAUUAGAAAUAGUCGACAGAGAAUUGAAAAGUUUGGUUGGUAUGAUGAUGAAUUCAAAAGAGAGAGGAUAAAGGUAUAUUCGAUAUUUGUUAGAAAUUACCUGUUGGUUAGUGUCAUCCUGAUUGUUGCUCUAGGGUUCAUGUGGGGGACAUACUACAAUAGACAGUACCGAUAUGUCGACAUGAAGAUGCUCAUUGUCAGCGAGGACGAAGUUGCCAAUGGUAUUGUUCCCAUUAUCGGACCAUCUAUGAAUGCAACUGCCCACAUCGAUGGCGUGGCACAGAGAGGUGGCUGGGAGUAUGUCACGAGGGAUGAGUUUUUACAACAUGCUGCUGACAGAAACAACACCAUUGAUGAAGAGAUAUUUAGACUUGUACACCAUCAACUCUACUGGAGUGUUCUCCACGUCAAACCGAAUGCUACGUAUCAGAUCUAUAAGGCGAUUGUGAAUAAUGAUACCUCUUUUAUGAUGAAUGGUACUUUGGUUGAGGUGUUCUUCGAGACAGGACGAGAUAUUGUCACUGUUUCAUCAUAUACUGUUGCAUUCCUGAACGUUUUUGAACAGAUAUUCUUCAAGGUGAUUCGAACACAGUUUUACAGACUUGUUUCUCAACUGCCUCAGGAUUCUUUACCAAAUGCAGCCUUUUUCUUUGCCCAACCUAUAACGUUUAAUUUCAACGACUUGAGGCCAGCAUCUGUGAUACUCAUGGCACCAUUACAAAUAGGCUUGGUUUACAUUGUUAUAUUUGCCUUUUUUCUCAUGACAAUGACCAUUCCUAUUCAAAUAUACCUUGCAUCUAUCGUGAAAGGGCUUAGAUUUCUUUUAUUCAGAUUCUUUUGGACUCAGAUGGCAAACUUGACGAUAUCACUUGCAUACGUGGUGUUAAACAUUGCGUUUGGUGUCACUUACAAAGCUGCCUUUGGUCGUUCUGGUGCUUUAGUAUUAUGGGCUGUUGCAUACUUAACCAUCGGUUCACUGGCUGCACUAAAUGAGAUUGUCGCAUCACUUUGUUUCCUCCACUUCCCAGCGUUGAUCGGUGGUUGGUUAUUAUUCUUAGUGGUUGUCAACGUUGCUCCAACAACAUCGGCUAUGGUACUGUCAAAUCACUUUUACCGUUAUGGAUACGCGAUGCCCAUCCAUAACGCCUACGACCUCUGUACGGUGAUCUUCUGUAACGUUUAUAAAGGUAAGAUGGGCAGAAAUUUUGGCAUUUUAAUUGCCUGGUUUGUAUCCACCAACGCUUUAGCACCUUUUAUCUUGAUUUAUGUUGCAAAGAAGAGGGCUAGAAUGGCAGCUGAAGAUGCAGAAAAGGCCAAACUGGCUGAGUUAACACCAGAACCUAGACGUGCUAUUAGCAAGACAAUUGGCCAUGACACUUCCAAUCAAAGUUUGACGGCUGAUACGGAUGCAGAUACUGACUUAUACACCACUGUCGAGGCAACUAGUGAAACAACAGACAAGGACAGUGUCAUUAGACCAGCUGUUGGUGAUGGCAAGCUUGCCACAUCUACAUCAUCAGAUGUAGCACCAUUCCAAACUAUAAAGGGCACAACUAAAUAA